GAUAGAAACACCAGUGAGAAGAGUGUGCGAGCAAUUAUUUAUGGGAGAGAAGAAGUAGUGAAAAUAAGCACGUUUUAGUUAGACACUGUUUUGGUGUGUAGUUGGACCGUCACCUUAUACUGACUUGAUGCGUCCUCUUCUCCUUGAGGUGCCAACGAUGGCUGUAGAGAAAGUCUUUGUGUACAACAACACGUCCAUCGUGCAGGAUGAGAUUCUGGCUCAUCGCUUGGGACUUAUCCCUAUCCGAGCUGACCCUCGACUCUUUGAGUACAGAAACCAAGGAGAUGAAGAAGGGACAGAAAUUGAUACGUUGCAGUUCCAGCUGAAAAUAAAAUGCAGCCGAAACUCUCAGGCAGCCAGGGAGUCCUCUGACCCCAAUGAACUGUACUUCAAUCACAAAGUGUACAGUAAACACAUGACAUGGGUGCCUUUGGGAAAUCAGACAGACCUCUUCCCAGAUGCUGACUUCCGACCUGUUCAUGAUGACAUCCUUAUCGCACAGUUACGACCUGGCCAGGAAAUAGAUGUGCUUAUGCACUGUGUCAAGGGUAUAGGUAAAGAUCAUGCCAAGUUUUCUCCUGUGGCCACAGCUAGUUAUCGACUGCUUCCGGACAUUACUCUCCUGCAGCCUAUUGAGAAUGAGGCGGCUGAGUUGUUGCAGAAGUGCUUUUCCCCUGGAGUCAUUGAGAUCCAGACCAUCAAGGGAAAAAAAGUGGCAAGAGUAGCAAAUGCAAAACUGGAACGUCAUGAGGGUCUGAAAAACCUUGUGCGCCUGGCAAGAGUGCGAAAUCAUUACAUCUUUUCAGUGGAGUCUACGGGUAUCUUGCCUCCAGACGUGCUGGUGAGUGAAGCCAUCAAGAUACUAAUGGGAAAGUGCCAGCGCUUCCUGAAUGAGUUGGACUCUGUGCCUAUGGAGUGACCAGGCUGUAGCUGAGAAGCACAUCCCUUCACUGCUGGUUUGGGGGUUUGCCUGCAGGGGUGGUUCUUCCUCUGUAGGCAGGAGGUCUGAGAUGGGUUUGUUAGAUUCCCAAGACCAUCUCUUUGUGUUUGUUUUCUGUUUGUAAUGAGCCUCAUUGAGGAGAUGCCCUAAAAUAAAGGCUUUUCUUCACA